AACCCGAGGUCAACCCCCCCACCCCCCACUCUACCUCCACCUCGGUGCCCCCCCCCAGCAUGCAUCGGGCACCAUGGGCUUUCUGGAAAACUACCAGGAGAUCGACCCGGUCACGCUGAACCUGUGCAUCCUCAUCGCCAGCUACGUCAUCCUGCUCCUGGUCUUCCUCAUCUCCUGUAUCAUGUACGACUGCCGGGGCAAAGACCCCACCAAGGAGUACGCCCCGGACCCCCAGCCCACCCAGUCCCCCAUCCGGCUGGUGGUCAUGCAGAGCUCGCCGGCGCCGGUGGGACGGUGGGACGCCGCCAACAUGAUCACCACCUACCAUGAGCCCACGCUCUCGGACUUCAGGGAGAAGAAGAGCACCAUGGUCUGAGCGCCGACACACAGGACUCUGUUUUGUACGAACUUUCGGCUUGUUUUUUCGCUC